CCGCUUUUUUUUCUCUCCCUUUAUCUUCUUCUAUGCUUUUUGUUUGCACCUUUUCCCUCCUCCGUUGAAGGCCGAAAACCCUAGCAAUUUCUCCGAUCGACAGUUUCCGGUGACGCUGUUUGCUUCGUCAGAUCUAAAGCACUGUGCAUUUGACUUCACUUGGAAGUUUAGAUCGAGCUUAGCCUUAUGGAUUUGGGCUGAAACAACCUCCAUUUCGAGUUGGAUCCGAGUCUAGUGCUCUAACCAAAAAUGGAGGACACUGUAGUGCAGUCCGGCAAAGAGAUGCAGGAAAACCCCCAAGAUGUAGAGAAUGGGGCCACUGCAGAACAUGCUGAAAAUGUAAAGAAGGUUACAAAGUCUGUGAAUCCUGGUGUAGCAGGGGCAUCAAAGGUCUCGGGACCAACUAAUUCUAGAAAGAUUGAUUCCAAAAGCAGUUCUGUAUUAAAUUCAGGUUUUGCAAGAUCGACUAUUUCUUCCUCUUUGAGAACUUCAAAUUCAGUUCCGGAGACAAGACGAAACAGUACGGGGGGAUUGCCUGAGAAGUUGUCAGUCUCUACCACGAAACAGCAAAAUACCACUAGUACAGUUGCAGGCAAGAAAGCUACUACUUCCUUUGCUUCUGAACCAGUUAGGCGGUCUCUACCAGAGCUUAGGAGAAGUUCACUACCUUCAGUUGCAACAAAACCAACUUCUCGUUCUACCCUGUCAGAGACCAGGAAGUCGGUUCCAGUGUCACCAGCGAGUCGAAGUUUGAGCACAUCAACUGCAUCUGACUCAAGUGUCCUAAAGACUGCUAGGAAAUCAACCAUAAAGCCAGCAUUAUCGGUAUCUCCAUCUUUGAAAAAAGUUGCUUCUUCCUCAGUGGAUAGUACUAGAAGUACUGCAAGUAUAAAGACUGCUUCAAAGAUUUCAUCCCCAUCUGCUCGAUCACCUACUGUAUCCAGUAGUUUAAGAGCUGGGUCUUUGUCAUUAUCUCUUGAUAGGAGUUCUAAUUUAUCUGGACGUAGGAGAUUGGCGACCCCAGAAAGUCGAGAUUCACGAUUUGUUGUUCUUCCACAAGUUGAGAUCAAAGCUGGUGAUAAUGUGAGGUUGGAUCUUAGGGGUCACAGGGUUCGUUCCCUUAAGGAUAGCGGGUUGAACUUGUCACCAAAUCUAGAGUUUGUGUAUCUUAGAGACAAUCUCCUGUCAACACUGGAAGGAGUUCAUAUCUUAAUGCGAGUGAAGGUUCUUGAUUUGAGCUUUAAUGAAUUUAAAGGGCCUGGAUUUGAACCUCUUGAGAAUUGUAAAGCUCUACAGCAACUCUAUCUUGCUGGGAAUCAAAUUACCUCUCUUGCAAGCCUACCUCAGCUUCCUAACUUGGAGUUCCUCUCUGUUGCUCAAAACAAGCUGAAGUCUCUCUCAAUGGCAAGUCAACCUCGACUACAGGUAUUAGCUGCAAGCAAAAACAAAAUAUCUACCUUGAAGGGCUUUCCAUAUCUGCCAGUCCUUGAGCAUUUGCGAGUGGAGGAGAAUCCCAUACUUAAAAUGUCUCAUCUAGAAGCAGCUUCCAUUUUGCUUGUUGGCUCUACCUUAAAAAAGUUUAAUGAUAGAGAUCUUUCACGAGAUGAGGUGGCACUAGCAAAGUGUUAUCCUGCACAAACAGCUUUAUGCAUUAGGCAGGGUUUUGAGUUAUGCCGCCCAGAGCAUGCAGCUGACAAAACAUUUCGCUUCCUAUUUGAUCAAUGGAAGAAUAAUUUCCCUCCGGGUUAUCUGCUUAAAGAAGCUUCCAUUGAUAAACCUUUUGAAGAGGAUACUUGCCAUUGCCACUUUGUUUUUAUCCAGGAGAGCACCUUGAGUACUGAUUCAGAAUUGGUCUUAAAGUAUCAAUGGUUUCUGGGAGAGAAAAUGCUUUCAAAUUUCACUGCUAUUCCUGAUGCCACUGGGGAGGUUUAUUGGCCCAAGCAUGGAGAAAUAGGUAAAAUUCUGAAAGUGGAAUGUACUCCAGUUGUGGGAGAAAUUGAGUAUCCUCCUGUUUUUGCCAUAUCUUCACCAGUUUCACGAGGGAGUGGGAUACCAAAAGUUGUGACCCUUGAAGUACAUGGAGAACUAGUUGAAGGUAAUGUAAUCAAGGGUGAAGCUGAGGUUGCCUGGUGUGGUGGGAUGCCUGGGAAAGGUGUUGCUAGCUGGUUGAGGAGAAGGUGGAACAGCAGCCCAGUGGUGAUUGUUGGAGCAGAGGAUGAAGAGUAUCAGUUGACCAUAGAUGACAUUGAUUCAAGUUUAGUUUUUAUGUACACACCUGUCACAGAAGAAGGUGCUAAAGGGGAACCUCAAUACAAGUAUACAGAUUUUGUGAAAGCAGCUCCACCAUCUAUCAGUAAUGUUCAAAUUAUUGGAGAUAUGGUGGAAGGCAAUGCCAUCAAAGGAGUUGGCAAUUACUUUGGAGGAAGAGAGGGCCCAAGCAAGUUUAAGUGGUUACGUGAGAAUAAGGACACUGGGGACUUUGUAUUAGUGUCUGCUGGUACAGCUGAGUAUGUUUUGACCAAAGAAGAUGUCGGGCGACGUUUGGCUUUUGUAUACAUUCCCAUAAACUUUGAGGGACAGGAGGGUGAAUCUGUGUCAACAGUCUCUGGUACAGUAAAGCAAGCCCCCCCUAAGGUUUCAAAUGUGAAGAUAAUUGGUGAUCUGAAGGAGAGCAGUAAAAUUACUAUAACUGGUAUUGUCACUGGAGGAACUGAAGGUUCGAGCAGGGUCCAGUGGUUUAAGACAAAAGCUUCAACAUUAGAUGGUGAAAUUGGUCUUGAAGCAAUGAGUACAUCCAAGGUUGCUAAGGCAUUCCGUAUACCUUUAGGAGCUGUUGGGUAUUAUGUUGUUGCAAAAUACACUCCUAUGACUCCAGAUGGUGAAUCUGGUGAACCAGCAUAUGUUAUUUCAGAAAGACCAGUUGAAACUCUCCCACCAAGCCUUAAUUUCUUAUCUAUAACGGGUGAUUACUCUGAAGAUGGACUUCUGACAGCAUCAUAUGGCUAUAUAGGGGGCCACGAGGGAAGAAGUAUGUAUAACUGGUACCUUCAUGAGAUUGAAAGUGAUGCUGGUAUUCUGAUACGUGAGGUUACGGGGCUUCUACAGUAUCGUGUAACCAAAGAUGCAAUUGGUAAAUUCAUUUCCUUUCAGUGUACGCCAGUGCGUGAUGAUGGAACUGUAGGUGAGCCAAGAAGUUGCAUGGGUCAGGAGCGCAUUCGUCCUGGAAGUCCAAGAUUGCUGUCUCUGCAAAUAGUUGGCGAAGCUAUGGAAGGAACUAUACUACAUGUUGAAAAAAACUAUUGGGGCGGUGAAGAGGGACAAUCAGUUUUUCGCUGGUUCCAGACUGGUUCAGAUGGCAUGCAACAUGAAAUAAAAGAUGCCAUCAACUCCUCAUACAUGCUCUCAGUUGAUGACAUUGGUGUCUAUAUUUCAGUUUCAUGUGAACCUGUUAGAAGGGAUUGGGCUCGCGGUCCGAUUGUUCUUUCUGAACAGAUUGGACCUAUCAUUCCUGGUCCCCCAACUUGUCAAUCUUUGGAGUUUCUUGGAUCAAUGAUGGAAGGUCAACGUUUAAGCUUCAUUGCUUCAUAUAGUGGAGGGGAGAGAGGAGACUGUGUUCAUGAAUGGUUUAGAGUGAAGAAGAAUGGGAUGAAGGAGAAACUCAGUACUGAUGAGUUUGUAGAUUUAACCCUUGAUGAUGUGGGAAAGAAUGUUGAACUUGUUUUCACUCCCAUUCGCAAAGAUGGCAUGAAAGGAAAUCCCAGGAGUAUAAUAUCUGACCUGAUUUCUCCUGCGGACCCAGUAGGACUGGAUCUUGUAGUUCCUGAUUGCUAUGAGAAUCAAGAGGCUGUUCCACAGAAAAAGUAUUUUGGUGGACAGGAAGGUCUUGGGGAAUAUACUUGGUACAGAGCCAAGACAAAGCUACAUGGAUCUGCAUUGAUGGAUAUAGCUAGUUCUUCUGAGGAUGUUCUCAUGUGUGGUAAAACACUCACAUACACACCAUCUCUUGAAGAUGUAGGUGCUUAUUUAGCGCUACAUUGGCUGCCCACUCGUGUGGAUGGUAGAUAUGGCAAGCCAUUAGUUGCAAUUUCCAACUCACAAGUUUCCCCAGCUCCACCAGUGGUUUCUAAUGUUCACGUCGAAAAGCUGGAUUUGGGAAUAUAUUCUGGUGAAGGAGAAUAUUUUGGUGGAUAUGAGGGAUCAAGCCUCUUCAGUUGGUAUAGAGAAACUAAUGAGGGAAAAAUCAUUCUAAUCAAAGGAGCUAACUCUAAAACCUAUGAAGCCUCUGAUUCAGAUUACAAUUGCUGCUUGUUGUUCGGGUAUACACCAGUUCGUUCAGAUUCAGUUGUAGGAGAGCUUAGGUUGUCUGAGCCAACUGACAUUGUUCUACCAGAGCUUCCAAGGAUAGAUAUGCUUGCUGUCACUGGAAAGGCAGUAGAAGGCGAGGUACUCACUGCAGUUGAAGUGAUUCCAAAGAGUGAAACUCAGCAAUGUGUUUGGAACAAGUACAAGAAAGAUGUCCGCUAUCAAUGGUUCUAUUUGUUGGAUGCUGGAGAUGGGAAAUCACUUGAGUCUUUGCCUGGUCAGCAGUCCUGCUCUUACAAAGUUCGGUUUGAGGACAUUGGCCAGUGCCUGAGAUGUGAGUGUAUUGUGUCUGAUGUGUUUGGAAGGUUAAGUGAGCCAGGGUACGCUGAGACAGAUCCCAUAUUGCCAGGAUUUCCUAGAAUUGAUAAGCUGGAGAUUGAGGGCAGGGGUUACCACACUAACUUAUAUGCUGUUCGUGGCAAUUAUACUGGAGGAAAGGAAGGAAAAAGUAAAAUUCAAUGGCUUAGAUCAAUGGUUGGAAGUCCUGAUCUUAUCUCCAUACCAGGAGAAACAGGAAGGAUGUAUGAAGCUAACGUUGAUGAUGUAGGCUACAGAUUGGUGGCUAUUUAUACCCCAAUAAGGGAGGAUGGAACUGAGGGGAAACCUGUUUCUGCAUCUACAGAGCUCAUUGCAGUUGAGCCUGAUGUUCAUAAAGAAGUGAAGCAGAAGCUGGAUCUUGGAUCUGUAAAAUUUGAGGUGUUGUGUGACAAGGAUCGCAAUCCAAAGAAGGUUCCAGGAGAAGGAUGUCUUGAGAGAAGAAUUCUGGAAGUCAAUAGAAAAAGAGUCAAGGUUGUGAAGCCAGGUUCUAAAACUUCUUUCCCGACCACUGAACUUCGUGGAAGCUAUGCUCCUCCAUUCCAUGUGGAGACCUUCCGUAAUGACCAAAGAAGGUUUAGGAUUGUUGUGGACAACGAGAAUGAAGUAGACUUGUUGGUGCAUUCACGACAUCUUAGAGAUGUGAUUGUCCUCGUAAUUCGUGGUCUUGCUCAGAGAUUCAAUAGUACUUCUCUCAAUUCUCUCCUCAAGAUAGAAACAUGAGUUUGGUCAAAACAAUGCAACUGCCUUCACAUUAAAAUAUACUAUACGUAGGUUGUUAGCCAUGUGCAAUCUCUACUUGACACCAAGUUUUUUUUUCCUUAAAUUCUUUCGUUAUUUCCAACGUUGGCCUCGUUGUAGAUGUUAGUGUCAUUCUAAUUACUUUUACGUGUAAGAAAUGUUGUGUUCAGUGUCCAAACCAUUUGAGAGGGGUUGCAAACUUCUGCUGCUGUAUAAUUAUCUUGCCUAAAUACUCCAAUCUAUUUGGAAAGAUUC